AACCUAUAUGACAUGCCAUUCGGUCUGUUUGUAGGAGUGAACAAUCACUUCCAGAGCAUAAUUUUCGGAGGUGUCAUGCUGAGGGAUGAGAAGGAGGACACAUUCAAGUGGGUUUUCCGUGAAUUCAUCAGGAUGGUCGGGGGUAAACACCCGCAAACAAUAUUAACAGACCAGGCGCGGUCAAUGGAAUUGGCUAUAGAAACAGAGAUGCCCAAUACAACGCAUAGGUGGUGUAAAUGGCAUGUGCUGAAGAAAGCAAAGGAAUCAAUGGGGGUUUUGUGGAGCAAGAAAACUGAUUUCAAAAGUGAAUUUCAUAAGCUGGUUCAUCACAUGGUCACGGAGCAAGAGUUCGAGGAUGGAUGGUCUGCAAUGCUUGAUAAAUAUUCACUGAGAAAGCACCCGUACCUUACUCAAAUUUAUGAGGUGUGGCAUAAGUGGGCAAAGCCGUAUUUCAGAGGUGUUUUUUGCGCAAAGAUGACUAGUACUCAACGGAGUGAAAGUGCCAAUCACAUGCUUAAAAGUUAUGUCCCCCCGGGCUGUCCAAUGCAUCUGUUCCUCAAACAGUACGAGAAGCUCCAGUUUGACAGAGAGUCUGAAGAGAGCUUCCAGGAGAAACGAACCGCACUGAGUGGGGUUUUGUUGCGAGUAAAUCUUCCAAUUGAGAGGCAUGCUAGCAAGAUAUACACAAGGGCAAUGUUUGAGCAAUUUGGAGAUGCUUUGUACAAGGCAGGGGCCUAUGAACUGGAUGUUGUUGUCCCGAAAAAGAUAUACAUUCUUACUCACGUUGAUGCUCUGGCAAGAGAGAAAUGAAGCAAAGUACAGUUCAAGGUUGAAGUCGAUGAUGAUCAGAGUUUCUUUAAUUACGGAUGUGGGAUUUUCGAGCACUCUGGAAUGGUUUUCUGUCAUUCGUUGAAGGUUAUGAUUGAGCUCAAAUUGAGCAAGAUCCCAGAUAAGCACAUACUAAAACGCUGGACUAGGGAUGCCCGCGAUAUAUUGCCGGAGCACCUUGUUCGAUACCAGAAGGACAGAGGGCCGCAUGGUUUUGAUACUUACAGGCACAACGCCAUGUACAUGAAGGCGCUUGAAUGUGUUAGGCUGGGCGAUAGUAAUGUGAAGUGCUAUGAUGUUUUCAUGGCCAUGAUGAAGGAGGUUUACACAACUCUUCUCCCCCUAAGCCAUGACAAGGAUGGUAUGGGACUCGAAGAGCGUGAGGCUUUGGAGCAGAGAGCCAAAGAUGGUACCCAUGGUGACAAAAAUGCUGAUGCAUGUAUUAAUAUU